AUGUUUGCAAUCCCACGGAGCCAGAAUGCCUUGGUGGUUGCCGGCCCGGGCCACGUGGCCCCUGGUAUGGCCCUUGUUCGCACUGUUGCUGUCGCUAUUAAUCCCGUCGACGCCAAGAUGCUCGAUUACAGUCCAGCAGUUGGCGCUAUUCAUGGAUGCGACUUCGCCGCGGUCGUUGUCGCACUCGGGUCAGACGCCCCGCGUCAUCUUUCCAUCGGAGACAGGGUUGCUGGGGCCGUUCAUGGGAACAACUCCCUGGAGCCCCGUGUCGGUGCCUUUGCACAGGCCGGGCCGGAGUCGGAUGUCACACCGAAUACGGCGUGGGUCCUUGUAUCUGGAGGCAGCUCCGCCACUGGCACCAGGGCCAUUCAACUUCUCAAGCUGGCAGGAUUACGGUCAAUUGCAACUUACUCGCCGUCGAAUUUCGCACUGGUCCUCGGAUUUGGGGCCGAAAAGGCAUUUAAUUACCGCAGUCCGGACUGCGCCAAAGAGAUUCGGCUGGCGGACGGUAUUGCGCGCCCGACCGUCCGCGCUUCGUGGCUGAUGGUCCUGACCAUGUUCGGCGGUUGCGUCGCGUUGGAUGGUGAGUACGCGUGCGAAGCAUCAGCUGCAGAUCGGGCCCUGAGUGCGACGAUCUUUGCGGCUACGCAAACAUUGCUUGGCAACGGUCGCAUCAAAUCUCACCCAAUCAGAGUCCUAGACGACAGCUGCGCCGGUGUCAUCCAUGGUGUGGACAUAAUUCGUACUGGGGCGAUCUCAGGACAGAAGUUGGUUGUCCGCGUCGACUGA